AGCGCGGCUGCAGCGCGAGGGGCGGAGAGGCAGUGCACAGAGGACCAGACGCCCAGGUUGCCCGCAUCUCAGAGCUGCAGUGGACUAAACCGCUCCCCGGCCCUGCUCCGCCGCCUCGUCCGGGCGCCCCCGCUGCUUUCUCGGCCCCAGCGAUCGAGCACCUGUCCUCCGUCUUGGUCUCAGCUGAGCGACCCCUCCUUCGGAGCACACACCAUUCCUGCAGCCUGAGAAGUGCCCCAGCUCUACUUGGCGACCACCAUGGCGGAGACUAACAACGAAUGCAGCAUCAAGGUUCUCUGCCGAUUUCGGCCCCUGAACCAGGCAGAGAUUCUGCGGGGAGACAAGUUCAUCCCCAUUUUCCAAGGGGACGACAGCGUUGUUAUCGGAGGGAAGCCAUAUGUCUUUGACCGUGUGUUCCCCCCAAACACGACUCAGGAGCAAGUUUAUCAUGCAUGUGCCAUGCAGAUUGUCAAAGAUGUCCUUGCUGGCUACAAUGGCACCAUUUUUGCUUAUGGACAGACAUCCUCAGGGAAAACACAUACUAUGGAGGGAAAGCUACAUGACCCUCAGCUGAUGGGAAUCAUUCCCCGGAUUGCCCGAGACAUCUUCAACCACAUCUACUCCAUGGAUGAGAACCUUGAGUUCCACAUCAAGGUCUCUUAUUUUGAGAUUUACCUGGAUAAAAUUCGUGACCUUCUGGAUGUGACCAAGACAAACCUUUCUGUGCAUGAGGACAAGAACCGGGUCCCAUUUGUCAAGGGUUGUACUGAACGCUUUGUGUCCAGCCCAGAGGAGAUUUUGGAUGUGAUUGAUGAGGGAAAAUCAAAUCGUCAUGUCGCUGUCACCAACAUGAAUGAACACAGCUCUCGAAGCCACAGCAUCUUCCUCAUCAACAUCAAGCAGGAGAACAUGGAGACUGAGCAGAAGCUCAGUGGGAAGUUGUAUCUCGUGGACCUGGCUGGGAGUGAGAAGGUUAGCAAGACUGGAGCAGAGGGAGCUGUGCUGGAUGAGGCAAAGAAUAUCAACAAGUCGCUGUCUGCCCUGGGGAAUGUGAUCUCUGCAUUAGCAGAGGGCACUAAAAGCUACGUUCCAUAUCGUGAUAGCAAAAUGACACGGAUUCUUCAGGACUCUCUGGGAGGAAACUGCCGUACAACUAUGUUCAUCUGUUGCUCACCAUCCAGUUACAAUGAUGCAGAGACCAAGUCUACACUGAUGUUUGGACAGCGGGCAAAGACCAUUAAGAACACUGCCUCAGUAAAUCUGGAGUUAACUGCCGAGCAGUGGAAGAAGAAAUAUGAGAAGGAGAAGGAGAAGACCAAGGCCCAGAAGGAGACAAUUGCAAAGCUGGAGGCUGAGCUGAGCCGCUGGCGCAAUGGAGAGAAUGUGCCUGAGACAGAGCGUCUGGCUGGGGAGGAUGCAGCCCUGGGGGCUGAGCUCUGCGAGGAGACCCCUGUGAAUGACAACUCAUCCAUUGUGGUGCGUAUCGCACCUGAGGAGCGGCAGAAAUAUGAGGAGGAGAUCCGCCGCCUCUAUAAGCAGCUUGAUGACAAGGACGAUGAGAUCAACCAGCAGAGCCAACUCAUCGAGAAACUCAAGCAGCAAAUGCUGGACCAGGAGGAGCUGCUGGUGUCCACUCGAGGAGACAAUGAGAAGGUCCAGCGGGAGCUGAGCCACCUGCAGUCAGAGAAUGAUGCUGCGAAGGAUGAGGUGAAAGAAGUGCUGCAGGCCCUGGAGGAGCUGGCUGUAAACUAUGACCAGAAGUCCCAGGAGGUAGAGGAAAAGAGCCAGCAGAAUCAGCUGCUAGUGGACGAGCUGUCCCAGAAGGUGGCCACCAUGUUGUCCCUGGAGUCUGAAUUGCAGCGACUCCAGGAGGUCAGUGGACACCAGCGAAAACGAAUUGCUGAAGUGCUGAAUGGGCUGAUGAAGGACCUGAGUGAGUUCAGUGUCAUCGUGGGCAACGGGGAGAUUAAGCUGCCGGUGGAGAUCAGUGGGGCCAUCGAGGAAGAGUUCACCGUGGCCAGACUCUACAUCAGCAAAAUCAAGUCGGAGGUCAAAUCUGUAGUCAAGCGGUGUCGGCAGCUAGAGAACCUCCAGGUGGAAUGUCAUCGCAAGAUGGAAGUAACUGGGCGGGAGCUCUCAUCCUGCCAGCUCCUCAUCUCACAGCAUGAGGCUAAGAUCCGCUCACUAACGGAAUACAUGCAGAGUGUGGAGCUGAAGAAGCGACACCUGGAAGAGUCCUAUGACUCCUUGAGUGAUGAAUUGGCCAAGCUCCAGGCUCAGGAAACUGUUAAUGAAGUGGCUUUGAAGGACAAAGAGCCAGACACUCAGGAUGCAGAUGAAGUGAAGAAGGCCUUGGAGCUGCAGAUGGAAAGUCACCGGGAGGCCCAUCACCGGCAGCUGGCCCGGCUCAGGGAUGAGAUCAAUGAAAAGCAGAAGACUAUUGAUGAGCUUAAAGACCUGAAUCAGAAGCUCCAGUUAGAGCUGGAGAAACUUCAGGCUGACUAUGAGAAGCUGAAGAAUGAAGAACAUGAGAAGAGCACCAAGCUUCAGGAGCUGACAUUUCUGUACGAGCGACAUGAGCAGUCCAAGCAGGACCUCAAAGGUCUGGAGGAGACAGUUGCCCGGGAACUCCAGACCCUCCACAACCUUCGCAAGCUGUUCGUUCAAGACGUCACGACUCGAGUCAAGAAAAGUGCAGAAAUGGAGCCCGAGGACAGUGGGGGGAUUCAUUCCCAAAAACAGAAAAUUUCCUUUCUUGAGAACAACCUGGAACAACUUACAAAGGUUCACAAACAGCUGGUACGUGACAAUGCAGAUCUGCGUUGUGAGCUUCCUAAAUUGGAAAAACGACUUAGGGCUACGGCUGAGAGAGUUAAGGCCCUGGAGGGUGCACUGAAGGAGGCCAAGGAGGGCGCCAUGAAGGACAAGCGCCGGUACCAGCAGGAGGUAGACCGCAUCAAGGAAGCUGUUCGGUACAAGAGCUCUGGAAAGAGGGGCCAUUCUGCCCAGAUUGCCAAACCUGUGCGGCCUGGCCACUAUCCAGCAUCCUCUCCCACCAACCCCUAUGGCACCCGGAGCCCUGAGUGCAUCAGUUAUACCAACAGCCUCUUCCAGAACUAUCAGAAUUUGUACCUGCAGGCCACACCUAGUUCCACCUCAGAUGUGUACUUUGCUAACUCCUGUACCAGCAGUGGAGCCACAUCUUCUGGUGGCCCCUUGGCUUCCUAUCAGAAGGCCAACAUGGACAAUGGAAAUGCCACAGAUAUCAACGACAAUAGGAGUGACCUGCCCUGCGGCUAUGAGGCUGAGGACCAGGCGAAGCUCUUCCCUCUCCACCAAGAGACGGCAGCCAGCUAACCUCCCACACCAAUGGCUAUAUAACCUGCACUUUCAGUUUCUAAGAGGGACUGAGGCCUCUUCUCUCAGCAUGCUGCAAACCUGUGGUCUCUGAUACUAACUCCCCUCCCAACCCCUGUUGUUGGACUGUACUGUUUGAUGUCUUCUCUCACUUACUAUGUAUCUCUUUGUACUCUGUAUCUAUAUAUUGGAAGCUGCUGCUA